GAAGCCCCAAGGCAAUGGAAGGCUUUGGGCCCAAUUCUUUUAGAAUUUCUCUCCCUUUGAUAAGGUCAAGAGCUUUGCGGCUUUCGCGCUUUCAAGUUUAGGGCUUCAGUUUAAAGCCUUUCAAGGUUCCAAAUUUUCGAACUUUAUCGCCAACAAAAUAGAUUUACGCGCCACAUUUAGCAUUUAUCUCCCUUACCAAAAAUUUUGUUAUUUUCGUGGUUUCAAAUUUAGGGCCUCAGUUUGAAAUUUUGCAAAAUCCCAAAACUUUUAACUUUAUCGCCAACAGUAAAAAUGUAAGCGCCAGGGUGGCGCGUUAUAGGCUUCAGGCUGACGGGUGAAAGUUCAUAAGCCCAGAAGCUCAGAAGUUCGGAAUUUCUGAAGUUCACAAGCCCACAGUUUCUCAAGUUCUUGAGUUCGUGGGUUCAGAAGUUCGUGGGCUCCUAAGUUCAUCAGUUUGGGGGUCGGAAGUGGAAGGGUGAGGAUCUGGGGCUCGGAAAUGGAAGAGUGAGAGUUUGGGGUUCGGAGGUGGAAGAGUGAAGCCCCGGGGCUCGGAAGUGGGGAGUGAGAGUUUGGGCGGUCGUUGUGAAUUUUUUAUCUAGCUCUUUAGUAUUCUGCUAUAAGAGCGGGAGAGGUGUUAUAGACAUUACGCAGUGCACAAUGAUCACUAUUCGUCUGUCAUGAGAGGGGUGUGCGCUGAUCAGUAUUCUGUAGUUAUGAGAGAAGUUUGAAGUGCAUCAUUCUGUUGAAGGGUGCAAACUUGAUGAAAGUUCAAGCUUGAUAAUUUAUGGAGGCGUAAAGCUAUAACACUUGAUCACUAAGCUAAGGCACAUCGAUCUACUUCACUAGGUAAAAAGCGUGUAUGACGAAAGUGUGUGUCUCUGAAUUGCCGCAGCCUAUCUCUCUCUUUCUCUCCCUCUCUCUUUCUCUCCCUCUCUCGUUUUCGUUUCUAGUAAACGAUACGUUAUAGUCAAUCAAGCAGUCACUAAUUAUCAAUCAAAAGCAGUCAAUCAAUCAGUCAAUCAACCAAUCGCACUCAUUCAGCCAAGGUGAAGUAGCCAGCUAAGGUCUUGGGCGAAUUUUUUUGAAAGAUGAUGCCAAAAGUGUUAAAAAUUGCUAUGGCCGCCCUCUUGAAAAGCGGCGCCGGGUUGAACCUGAAGAUGCAACCCCCCACUUUAUCCCACGUUUUUCAACAUCGGGCCAGCCUUCCUACGGAAGUGUCUUGUAAGGAUUUUUAUCACGUCGCGGACCAGGCCUUUGUUAAGGCGAGCAGCAUGCUCCAUGAUGCAAGAGCCUACGAGGAAAACGAGCAUGUCAAAGAUCUCUACAACGCGAUUACGAAUCUACCGAGCCUUCACUACGAGCUCCCAAGCUUUUGUUAAGGCUCACGACAGUAAUUCCUUCGUCAGGCAUAUGUUGAUCUUGAUCUUAGGCCGGCAGCUGCCGAAUAGUAGACUCGAGUCAUCAGCUCACCUUCAUGGAAUGAAGAAGACCGGCCCUCUCUGUUUCCACCUUAACCCCCCCUCCUCUCCUCUCUUGUAGGAUAUGAAUUGAGGUGAGCUCUAAUUUUGCGCGGCGAGUCAAAUGAAGGUCCGAGUUGGGGCAAUGAUCAAUACAGACGAUGCAUUGAAGGAGAUCUCUGGUUUGUUCUCGCUGUAUGGCGCGCGCAAUGCGUCUGAAGAGGAAGUCAAGAAGGCGGUGCUACAGUUGCUCAUUGAAGCAGCGUCCGAUACCGCCCAAGGUAGGGCCGCAUGGGGAAAGGAUAAGGGCGACAAGUUGCGCGCUGUGUGCUGCACGACUGACACCGGAUCCGGCUCGAAUACUGCUCGUCGAGCCUCCUCUACGGCAGGUUCCAGUACCCGUUCGGGGAGCCAGUCUGCACCGCGUGCCUCCUCUACGACUGCUCCAUCGACGCGUACCUCCUCUGCGACUGCUCCAUCUAAUAAGGGCCAACAGCAGGAGGAGAGUGGGUGCUGCUGA